AUGAGGCCUUCUGCUGUGCGGUUGCUCAACAUACUAGUCCCUAUAAAGAGGGCGGUAGACUAUGCCGUGAAGAUUCGUGUGAAUCCCGAGCAGACAGGCAUCGACCUCAAUGUUAAACAUUCCAUGAAUCCAUUUGAUGAGAUUGCCGUAGAGGAAGCCGUUCGGAUACGGGAACGCCUAAAGGAUGCAGUGAAAUCUAUCAAGGUUGUCACCAUCGGUCCACCCAAGUCUGCAGAGACGCUCCGCACCGCACUCGCCAUGGGUGCUGAUUCUGCCGUCCAUGUCGAAAUCCCGGAAUCCGCUCCGUCCCCAGAACCUCUUGGUGUCGCGAAGACCUUGAAGGCUCUCAUCGAACGACAGAAGGAGGGUGUGGACGUAGUAAUUUUAGGCAAACAAGCUAUUGACGAUGACGCUGGACAAACUGGACAAAUGCUCGCUGGCCUCAUGGGGUGGUCACAGGCAACAUUUGCGAGCAAGGUCGAGGUGAACCCAGAGCAGAAGGUUGCGAACAUCACUCGUGAAAUAGAUGGAGGUCUCGAGGAGCUUAGGUGCAAGCUUCCUGUCAUUAUAACGACAGAUCUUCGGCAAGUUCAACUGCUUAAUGAACCCCGGUAUGCCUCAUUGCCCAAUAUCAUGAAGGCCAAGAAGAAACCUGUGGAGAAGUUGACGGCUGCGGAACUUGGAGUUGACAUCACGCCUAGACUAGAGACCAUCAAAGUCACAGAACCUCCAAAGCGUGUUGGUGGCGGCAAGGUGGCAAAUGUGGACGAGCUUCUCGCCAAACUCAAAGAGGCUGGCAUUACUGGAAAGCGUGCAUAG